AUGUCUUCAUUGCGCAUGAAGGCAGCAAAAUGCCCUUCUGAUGAGCUUGCCAUCACAAACUGCGCCCUCAUUAAUCCAGAUGAUUUCCCUAGCGAUGUCAAGCAUAUAGAGGUUACAACCGGACCUUCUCAGCAUUUCGUAUUUAGUAUUCGAUUCUAUAGCGGAGUUGAUCGUGGCACUGUGGGGUUUUCAGCACCACAGCGAAAAUGGGCCACUCUGUCUAUUGGGCAGCCAAUUGACGUGAAACCAUUUAAACCACAAAAUGCAGAAUGCUUGUGCAGCGUAUCAUUGGAAGCGGACUUUAUGCUGAAGAAAACCACUUCCUUAGAACCAUAUGACUCAGAACAAAUGGCACGCGACUUCCUCAUUCAGUUUUCCAAUCAGAUCUUCACCGUUGGACAACAACUGGCAUUUUCAUUUCAGGACAAAAAAGUAUUAUCAUUGAUUGUCAAGAAUUUAGAAGCCGUGGAUGUACAAGCGUUGGCAUCAGGAGCAAAUGCAGUACCGCGAAGAUGCAGAAUGGGAAGAUUGUUGCCCGAUGCCUGUAUUCAGUUCGACAAAGCGGAAAACUCUUCUCUUAACUUGGUCGGAAAAGCUAAAGGAAAACAACCACGACAAUCCAUUAUCAACCCUGACUGGGACUUCGGCAAAAUGGGGAUCGGUGGUCUGGACAAGGAGUUCAAUGCUAUAUUCAGACGUGCGUUUGCAUCACGAGUCUUCCCUCCAGAAGUUGUGGAGCAAUUGGGAUGCAAGCACGUAAAAGGUAUCUUGUUAUAUGGACCUCCCGGCACGGGUAAAACCUUGAUGGCUCGUCAAAUCGGAAAGAUGUUGAACGCUCGCGAACCAAAGAUUGUAAACGGUCCACAAAUAUUGGACAAAUAUGUUGGUGAGAGUGAAGCCAACGUAAGGCGCUUGUUUGCCGAUGCCGAGGAGGAGGAGAAAAGGUGUGGACCCAACAGCGGCUUACAUAUCAUCAUAUUCGACGAAAUCGAUGCUAUCUGCAAGGCCCGAGGCUCUGUGGGUGGAAACACUGGGGUACACGACACUGUGGUCAACCAGCUGCUCUCGAAGAUCGAUGGCGUUGAUCAACUAAACAACAUCUUGGUGAUCGGUAUGACCAACAGACGUGACAUGAUCGACGAAGCUUUGCUCCGUCCGGGCAGACUUGAGGUCCAAAUGGAGAUCGGCUUGCCCGACGAGAACGGACGCAUACAAAUCUUGAGCAUUCACACCAAACGCAUGCGAGAGUACAAGAAGAUUGCAGAGGACGUCGAUAAUAAAGAGCUAGCAGCACUCACAAAGAAUUUCUCUGGUGCUGAACUAGAAGGUUUAGUGCGGGCUGCACAGUCAACUGCUAUGAAUAGACUCAUCAAGGCCUCAAGCAAAGUGGAAGUUGACCCGGAGGCCAUGGAGAAACUCAUGGUGGAGCGCGCGGACUUUUUACAUGCAUUGGAAAAUGAUAUUAAACCGGCAUUUGGUACAGCUGCUGAAGCUUUGGAGCACUUCCUAUCCCGUGGGAUUAUAAACUGGGGCACUCCCGUGUCAUCAAUUUUGGAAGACGGAAUGCUUUACAUUCAACAAGCGCGCGCAACUGAAGAGAGCGGUCUUGUAGCAGUCCUUUUAGAAGGACCACCCAACAGCGGGAAGACAGCUUUGGCAGCGGAAUUAGCGAAGAGGUCCGAUUUCCCGUUCGUGAAAGUUUGUUCGCCAGAAGACAUGGUUGGCUUCACAGAAAAUGCCAAAUGCGCGCAGAUACGGAAGUACUUCGACGAUGCGUACCGUUCAAGUCUCUCAUGCAUUCUCGUGGACAAUAUCGAGCGAUUGCUGGACUAUGGGCCGAUUGGACCGCGUUACUCUAACUUGACACUGCAGGCGUUGCUGGUGCUGCUCAAAAAGCAGCCGCCUAAAGGCAGGAAGCUGCUCAUAUUGUGCACUAGCAGCCGAAGACAAGUGUUAGAAGACAUGGAGGUUCUCUCGGCCUUCACUGGUAUCCUCCAUGUGCCAAACCUGUCGCAACCAGAACAUGUGAUGGCCGUGUUAGAAGAAUGUGAUGCAUUCGGCAAGAAGGAUCUAGGCAAGAUACAAAAGAACUUAAAGGGUGCCAAGAUAUUUAUCGGCAUCAAGAAGCUUCUAGCUCUAGUCGAUAUGGUGAAACAAACCGACGAAGAAUCCAGAGUGGUGAAAUUCCUUACGAAAAUGCAAGAGGAGGGUGGUCUCGAUCUCGGCACCACCAUACACUAA